ACAACAUGAAUCCAGCUCCUCGCUGAAAAAUCCGCCUCGGCCUCUGUUCGCCAGAAAUCCGCCGCCUUUUUCUCUCCGGUGGGGAAAAUAAAUGUCCCAUGCGAGAAAGCGCCGGGAAAGAAUAAUCUCCAGGCAAAGCGCUCUCUCUCUCUCACCGGUGGGGCAUAUAAAUGUCCCAGGGAAAAGCGCUGGGGAAAAAAUGUCCCAAGAAAUUAAAGCUCCGGUGAAGAAUAAUCUCCAGGCAAAGCGCCGGUGAGCCACGACGAGGAGUUCCCGGAAAAGCGUCGGGGGAUGAUGACGUGUAGGCUCAUCUGUUUUAUUUUUUAAUUGAUAAAUAAAUAAAUCAUAUAAUUACUUUACUAUCCUUCAUUGUAAUUAGAUUUAAAUCGAUUUUAAUGAUUGAGAUUGAUUUAGUAAUAUGACUAAGUGACCCCUUUUAGUCACCUAAUCUUAACUAUGUAUAAGUGUAUAUGAUGUAGAUCCACCGGAAGUACUUAAUCGCCCACUAUCUGCACUCAUCCAAUCCAACCCUCUCACAUAUACAUAUUGACUAGAUGUUGUUCAUAUUCUCCUUCAAUUGGGUUUUACAGAUCUAUAUAUAACAAUUAACUGCUCAUCUCUAAUUGUUGUUUGGGUUAUAAUUAGUAUAAACAGUUACAUUCCAUUAAUGAUGAAACCCUGGAACAAGUGUAUAUUGGUAAAAAAAAUUGUAGACUCCGGUUUGGAUAAGGAUUAUAAUGAACAAGUACAAAAGCAUGAACCUGAUCAGUAAAGAAGCAGAAAACUUUGGAAAUUGGAUUGGUAAAGCUGUUUCCACCAGACUAUUGGGCCACCAGACUAUUGGGCCAAAACAACUUACAAGGGCCAGCUUAUACAUAUAAGAAGAAGCCUUAUACCCAUGGGCUGUAACUUGGAGCCCAGAAAUCAGGAGGCAGAACCAGAUAUUUUUCAAGGAAACUUGGCCAGCCCGAAUCAUAGCCCAUUUAAACUUGGAUGCUCCCGUAGGGACACACCAAAGAGAGGCAUAUAUUUUCUGGUUUGUACUUUUAGUAACCAGGCUGACACAGUUUCUUGCUCGCCUUCUAUCUUUCUGUACUUUGCUCAUAUUUUGUUUUGUCCUCAACUGGAACUAUAUUAUCAAACACCGCAACUUCUCUGUUUUCUUUAUUUGGAAGUCCACAUUUUCUAACUCAUAUGAAUAUAAGUACAGAACAGGGUAUACAGCAAUUCGACAGCGGCAGGAACUUAAUUUGCAUGCAUUCCCACCUAGCUAGCUAGCUACAAGACCUCACAAAAUUACAUAUAUAAAUCGUUACGGAUUAUUCAUAUGUCGAUCAUUCUCAAACACGUUAGAAAUAUACAACUCGCCGGAAAACAUAUAGAGAUCUUCUCCGAUUGUAACAAUCAUAAAGCACCACAUGGACGCCGGCAGCUUGACGCUUGGCUUACUCAUUCUCCUACUUCAAGGGUUAACUGUCUUCACAGGGACGACCACCGCGGCCGGUGGUUCCUCGGCCGUAAUCGAUGGCUUCCCCGGUGCUGAUUUCCUAGGAGAUUUGGUGUGCCAAUUCGUAAAGUGCGGGUACGGGAAGUGUCAAGCGACGAGCGACGUUGGUGGUUACGAAUGUGUGUGCGACCCUGGUUGGAAGACGCAUAAGGCUCCUCCUUACACUACCGCUGCUUGCAUUCUCCCUAACUGCACCGUCGAUCUUAAAUGUGACAAAACGUCGACGUUGACAUUAGCUUCGGCCCCUACAACACUGCAUUCAUCUGAUGUCACGAACGCAACACACAGCCCGGAUUGCAACAACAAGCCUUCAGCACCGCAGCCUUCUCCUUCUCCAUCAGAUGGUGGUACGUGAAAAUCGAUCAGAAAUCAAAUCGGAAUCUUUAAUUUCAUUCUAUUCAAUUUUUUGGUAGAGAAAGAUUAUAUUAACCAACAGAACGGUUACGUAAUUACCACUGUCAGCAUGCAAAAUGGUAUGGUGCGGGGAAGGGAAGUGCGUAGAGCAGGAAAAUGGAACAGGAUACCAUUGCCAGUGCCAUCACGGAGCCAGCAAUUUGUUCAAUAACACUUCUUGGGCUUGCUACAAACCAUGUAUCGAUCAUCUUCUCACACCACAAAUAUAACAAGUCGAAACGCGCGGUCUUUCGCAGUUUCACAGUCUGAAUUAGUCGUCGUCGAGCACUAAUACGUGUUCACAUAUAUGGGUACAGGUUCACUUGGAUCGAAUUGUUACAGUCUCUCAACUUGUCCCCAUAACCUCCAACCUCCUUCUCCUCCACCUUUGGCUCCUCCUCCAAACGGUAACUCAUGUUACUACACAAUCUCUUCCAUGCAUCCUUAGUUCUAGCUAACUGUAAGUAACAUGGAUUUGUGUUUUUUAUUUUUAUUUUUUAUGUGUGGAUGUAAAUAAAGGGGCUUCGACACCAAUAUUAGACCUUGCUUCUUCGAUUCUUCGGCUACUGUGGAUCGUGUUGCUGGGUGUCGUUCUGCAUGCGUGGAUGUAGGGCGUACUCCAAAUGCAUGCCAAGUCAAGAAGGACAUGAUUAGCAAGGCAUCCACCUCAAACACGAUUUUGUGUGUCGUCCAUUUUUAGACACUAUUUGUCAUCUUAAUUACUGUAACAUCCGAAUUUUUUUUAUUUUUAAAAUACUAUCCAUUUUGGGUAUAGUCCCAUGGUAAUUUUUUUUGUUUUGUAUUAUGGUGAUUUCUCAAGAAGUGUCACUUAUAUUUUUGUACUGUUCCAUUCUAAACUAAACACUAAGAAGUCUUCAAUUUCAACUAAAAACACGUCUUAUUAGUUAAUACUAGUUAAUUGGUCCGCGCUCUACUGCGGGUAACUAUAGGCAUCAGUCGAUUUGGUCUGAAACUUAAUGGAAUUGAGAAAGACCAGACCAAAAAAUAUAUUUGGUGUAUUUUGUUCGAGUCGGUCUGGUCAAAUUCAAUUUCGAUCCUUCAUAAUUAAAAUAAUUUGUGAAA